CAUAUAACCAAAAUAAAAGGCAUCACAUUACAGUUGGAUGGUGGAGAAGCUGACCACGUCUGGUCGCCUUUCCCGCGUGGAAACCAAAUUUGCCUUCAUUGAAACAUCUCUGGGGAGCGUCUUCUGCCCUUUAGCUGCUGCCAUUCCUGCGAACGAACAUGUGCCAAACUUCUCGAAUCGCUAUGCAGUUGGCGAUAUGGUCCACAUAACCAUGGUCCCACAGGAGGGAAAGAAUGGAUGCAAGUGGAGAGCGGUGAAGGUCCGUCCUAUGGCGAAGCAGGCGGAAAAUGCCUCUGGGCAGGUCACCCCAACCGAUUCAUCAAAAGCUCAGCGUGCUUCGAAAACCAAUAUCCUCACUAACCAGGUUGUGACUGUAACAAAUGUUUGUGAAACUCUCGCUUACGGUGUGAACGAUACUCAUGGUUCCGUUUUCAUACCAGGGGCGGCGUUCUCUUCGCAAGAAGUCACUCGGCUGAACUCGUAUCUGAGCAUCGGUGAUGAGCUGCUGGUGUCGAUGCGUGCACAAGGUGAUGUCAAUGGUUGUAAGUUCAUAGCCACGAGUGCAACAAAACUAAAGAAGUCUUGCGAUCCGCAAAUAACGGGAUCAGGAAAAAUUGUAUCUCUCACCGAAAGUUGUGCGUCCAUCUGGUCAUCGGUCUGUGGAGAAAUCAAAUGCUCAUUACUAUCCUGGGUUGGUGGUGAUGGUGGAAAAGACGCAGAGUGGCUUACGGAUAUCCUGAAUGUUGGUGACGCUGUUUUGUUCACCGCUGUUAAACGCGGUGAAGAUGAUCAGUGGAAGGUAGUGAAGUGGACAGCACGGGGUUUCCGCUUAGGAUUAGAACGUGUUAAUCUGGCCGACUCCUACACACAAACAGCAAUGUCCACAUCCGACAUCACUAUGCGUUAUCUAGCUCCCGCUCUCGAAACUAUGCUGAGCGACAAACCCACGCUGAGAAGCUUUUUAACCCAACUGUCCACAAUAGUGUGCGCAGUUCUUUCGACUGUUGAUCCACCUACAAUCGAGGACGAUACAGGAUCAGCAACUCUCUCUUCCAUUCCCGACAACGUACAAGCAGAAGCUGGAGACACAUGUCUGUUUUUAUUUGACUGCACAGUGCAGCCACCAAAAUGUCUUCGAGUAACCGCUAUCCCACCCGAUCUCGUUCCUGUGAUGAAGUAUCAGUUGCAUAAGUUUCGUGAAUACCAGGCGAAGACACCCUGA